AUGAGCCACGGCACUAAUAUUUUCGCGGCAUUAAUUCGGACUCAUCACAUAACUAGUCGCAAGAAACUUGCGCGUGUGAAAAAAGCCGCCCUCCUUCAUAACUUGCAUGUGCUUAUCCGAAGUGGCGGAUCACCCGGUAUUAUGUACGCCGAAGGACCUGAUGAAGCCUCCGUCAGUAGCUGGGUCAAUAUGGUCCAGGCUCUGCGAUAUAAAGACUUCCAAUGCGCACGAAAACCGGCUGCCCAUCAGAUCCGGAGUGCUGUCGGCCGGCCAAAAGACGGAGGGUUUGAAGAAGUUGCCUCCGUAACCGAAUUCGGUGAGAGAAUGGAGCAACGGGGUUUAGGAACCUGGUGGAGAAUCGGGAUGGGCUAUGAAGCAUCUCAUUAG